AAGACCUAUUGGUGGAGGGCCUACAGAAGAAGGUCCUAGGGUUGCAAAAGUUCAUAGAUACACACUUCUCUUAGCCUCCUCUUCUUCAUCCUUAGACAAACGAAGCGUCGAAAAUGGAGCAAACUUUCAUCAUGAUCAAGCCCGACGGUGUCCAGAGGGGACUCAUCGGUGAAAUCAUCUGCAGGUUUGAGAAGAAGGGUUUCACUUUGAAGGGUCUGAAGCUGAUCAGUGUUGAGCGGGCUUUUGCUGAGAAGCACUACGAGGACCUGUCUGCCAAGUCCUUCUUCAGUGGUCUGGUUGAUUACAUUGUGUCCGGGCCUGUUGUUGCAAUGAUCUGGGAGGGGAAGAAUGUUGUGUUGACAGGGAGAAAGAUCAUUGGAGCCACAAACCCAGCAGCCUCUGAGCCUGGAACCAUUCGUGGGGACUUUGCAAUUGACAUUGGUAGGAACGUGAUCCAUGGGAGUGACUCAGUGCAGAGUGCUAACAAAGAGAUUGCACUGUGGUUCCCUGAUGGACCUGUCAACUGGCAGAGCAGCCUCAACCCUUGGAUCUAUGAGUAGUAGUCUUCUCUUCUUGACUCUCCCCCUUUCUUAUCAUUAAUGUGUUUUCUUCUGACAUUUGUUUCUUUCAUCAUCUAUAUUUAAACUUGAAACCGAAAUCAAAAGGGAGGAUUUUCUUUUACAAGUCCAAACCAAAAA